CUCAGUCAUUCGCGAGACACCGGCAUUUAUAGUCGACUGAUGAAGGUCACUAUUUAACGCCGGCUUUUCCGUUCUAUUUUUAAAAAAAUUGCUUUGAAAUCUAUCAGUUUUAAAAAUAAAAUCAGUGAAAGUGUGACGAGAGUAUAGUGCAAUUUUUGAGCACAAUUUUUUAAAUCCAUCAAACUUAUUUCCGAGGUAUGGAGUGGGAAGGGCCGGCCAAGCAAGGCUUGUACGACCCUCAGAACGAGCACGAGGCCUGUGGCGUUGGUUUUGUUGUCGCUAUCGACGGAAAACGUACCCAUAAAAUCAUCCGUGAUGCCGAAACCCUCGCGAAACGUAUGGAACAUCGUGGUGCGUGCGCGUGCGACAACGACACCGGAGAUGGUGCUGGAGUGUUGACUGCUAUUCCGCAUCAGUUCUACUGCGCGCAGCUGAGAGACUCGCACCAAAUAGAUCUGCCCCCUUUCGGGAAGUACGCAACUGGCAUAUUCUUUCUGGACAAACUCCAUCACCAGAACAUUGAAGCCAAGUUCUUGAUUCUGGCUGAGAGUAUUGGCCUUAAAGUCCUCUGUUGGAGGACUGUUCCAACCAACAAUUCUACCAUUGGUCAAGUGGCUCGUAACUCGGAGCCAUAUAUGCGUCAAGUGUUUGUAACUGGCGAUAUUGACGACGAACAGCAUCUAGCACGUCAGGUGUUCGUGUUACGAAAACGUGCGUCGCACGAGCUCGUCUUGCCCGGAGCUCGGUUCUAUAUUUGCAGUCUGUCCUUGAAAACCGUCGUCUAUAAAGGAUUGCUGACUUCCAACCAAUUAUGGGAAUACUUCAAAGAUCUGUCGAACCCCGCGUUCACGACGUACCUGGCGCUGGUGCAUACAAGAUUCUCCACCAACACCUUCCCAAGCUGGGAGAGAGCACAUCCUUUAAGGGUUCUAGCUCACAAUGGAGAGAUAAAUACGUUGCGAGGUAACGUGAACUUGAUGAAGGCCCGCGAGGGUGUGAUGAAAAGCAACAAAUUUGGAGAAGACCUGAAGAAACUCUACCCGGUAGUGGAACCAAAUCUAUCGGAUUCCGGUUCGGCUGACUGCGUUUUGGAGUUCUUACUCCACGCCGGGAACAGAUCUCUCCCCGAAGCCGUCAUGACCAUGGUGCCGGAGGCAUGGCACAAUGACCAGACCAUGGACAAAGAGAAGAGAGACUACUACAUGUGGGCUUCUUGUGCCAUGGAACCCUGGGACGGGCCAGCUCUGAUUUCCUUCACUGAUGGACGGUACAUAGGUGCCAUACUUGAUAGGAACGGUCUACGUCCAUCUCGAUUCUACGUCACCAAUGAGAACAUCCUCGUCAUGGCGUCUGAAGUCGGCGUGUACGAUGUUGAUCCGGAGAAAGUUAUUCUAAAGAGUCGCCUAAAACCAGGGCGUAUGUUGCUUGUUGAUACCGAGGACAAACGAAUCAUUCAAGACGUCGAACUCAAGAGGAACAUUGCCCAAAGCAGACCACAUUCGCAAUGGAUUCAAGAACAGAUGUCCAUGGAAGAUAUCCACAAAUCGAUACCACGGCAGAACGGUUCUCUUAACGGAGGUACCACGGAACCUAUAUCUGGUCUUUCCGAUAUGAGACUCGGUCUUUUCGGAUACACCAUCGAAUCGAUUAAUAUGCUGCUUCUGCCAAUGAUACAGAACAAGAAAGAAGCACUCGGAAGUAUGGGCAAUGACGCCCCACUGGCUUGCCUUUCUCAAUUCCAGCCUCUGCCAUACGAAUACUUCAAACAGCUAUUCGCACAAGUAACGAACCCGCCCAUCGACCCUUUCAGAGAGAAAAUCGUGAUGUCCCUAAUGUGCCCAAUUGGUCCCACUGCUAAUAUACUGGAACCGAGUGCAGAGUUCGUUCAUCGACUGUUCCUGCCUCAACCCAUACUCUCUAUACCCGACUGCGAGGCUUUAAAGAAGAGUAAUUACCGGGGAUGGAAGACUAAAGUAAUAGACUGCACAUUCGAAUACACUGAUGGGCCUUUGGGCCUAGAGGCAGCCUUAACCAGUAUCUCUAAAGAGGCCCACAGUGCUGCAACCGCUGGAUACCAACUUCUGGUGCUUUCUGAGCGAUUGGCCGGACCCAGACGAGUGCCAGUUAGUUCUUUGCUUGCACUUGGUGCGGUCCAUCAUCACCUGAUCGAGACACGUCAGCGCAUGAAGGUUGGCAUCAUCGUGGAAACGGCUGAAGCCAGAGAAGUUCACCAUAUGUGUGUUUUGCUUGGUUACGGUGCAGACGCUAUAUGUCCGUACUUAGCGUUCGAGCUGGCGUUUUCAUUACGAAACGACAAUAUUCUAGACCCAACCUUAACCGAUGCCGACAUAUACACGGCCUACCAGAAAUCUAUCGAGACUGGCUUGGCCAAGGUCAUGGCCAAGAUGGGAAUCAGCACCUUACAGUCGUACAAAGGCGCCCAAAUCUUCGAGGCCGUUGGGCUCAGUGAGGAAGUCGUGGACAAGUGCUUUAGAGGCACGCAGUCCAGGAUUGGUGGUGUAACGUUCGAAAUAUUAUCGAAAGAGAUUUUCGACAGACAUGCUCUGACCUACGGAGACUGUAAAGACAUGCUGGUCUUACGGAACCCAGGCUACUACCACUGGCGCGCCGGUGGCGAGAAGCACAUCAACGAUCCGAUGUCCAUUGCCAACUUGCAGGAAGCCGCUUCUAACAAGAGCCAGUCCGGAUAUGACCGAUUCAAGGAAAGUGCGUUGGAGUCCGUCCGCGCCUGUACUCUUCGUGGGCAACUGGAGUUGGUGAAAUUAGACGAAUCCAUCCCGUUGUCUGAAGUCGAACCCGCUUCGGAGAUCGUCAAGAGAUUUGCUACUGGUGCGAUGUCCUUCGGAUCGAUAUCUUUGGAGGCCCACACGACUCUUGCAGUGGCCAUGAAUCGUAUCGGAGGGAAAUCCAAUACUGGGGAAGGAGGAGAAAACGCUGAUAGGUACUUGAAUCAGGAAGCAGAAUUCAACAAACGAUCCGCGAUCAAGCAAGUUGCAUCGGGUCGCUUUGGAGUUACAGCAUCAUAUUUGGCUCAUGCUGACGAUCUUCAAAUCAAAAUGGCGCAGGGGGCGAAGCCGGGCGAAGGGGGAGAGCUGCCUGGUUACAAAGUAACAGAAGAUAUAGCGCGUACGCGUUGCUCCGUGGCUGGCGUAGGGCUGAUAUCACCUCCUCCUCACCACGACAUCUAUUCCAUUGAGGACUUGGCUGAGCUGAUCUACGAUCUGAAGUGUGCCAACCCUAGAGCGAGGAUAUCUGUCAAACUCGUGUCCGAGGUGGGCGUAGGUGUGGUCGCUUCUGGAGUCGCCAAGGGUAAAGCCGAGCAUAUAGUGAUCUCCGGCCACGACGGUGGAACAGGUGCAAGUUCCUGGACUGGAAUUAAAAGUGCAGGUUUACCUUGGGAGCUUGGAAUCGCGGAGACCCAUCAGGUUCUGGUCCUCAAUGAUCUUCGGUCCAGAGUUGUCGUACAAGCCGAUGGACAGAUCCGUACUGGAUUUGACGUGAUGGUGGCAGCUCUCCUCGGUGCUGAUGAGUUUGGCUUCAGUACAGCACCUCUUAUUGCGCUUGGAUGUACGAUGAUGCGUAAAUGCCACUUGAACACGUGUCCCGUCGGAAUCGCCACUCAGGAUCCGGUGCUGAGGAAGAAGUUCGCUGGCAAACCGGAGCAUGUCAUCAACUAUCUAUUUAUGUUGGCUGAAGAGGUGCGCGAACACAUGGCGGCCGUUGGUGUACGUCGCUUCCAGGAGCUGAUCGGUCGUACGGACUUGCUGAAAGUGCGUGAAAAUAACGACAACCACAAAGCCAGAGCUCUGAACCUGAGUCUGAUACUGAAGAAUGCCUUACACAUGCGACCAGGUGUCAAUAUCAUCGGAGGAUCUAAAUCACAGGACUUCCAGCUGGAGAAGCGUCUGGAUAACCAGGUGAUCCAACAAUGCGCUGGUAUUUUGGAAGGUACUGAGAAGAAUGUCGAUGUCAGUUUGAGAAUCACCAACGAAGAUCGGGCAUUUACGUCCACACUUUCGUACCAUAUUGCGAUGAAAUACGGUGAGAACAGUCUACCUGAGGGUUCUUCAAUAAACAUAUCGCUGACCGGUUCAGCUGGUCAGAGCUUCUGCGCUUUCCUUUGCAAAGGGGUGACCGUCACUUUGGAAGGAGAUUCUAACGACUACGUCGGCAAAGGAUUAUGCGGGGGCACAGUCAUAAUCUACCCACCAAAGUGCUCCCCAUUCGAGUCUCACGUGAACGUGAUCGUUGGAAAUGUGUGUUUGUACGGAGCCACCUCUGGACGGGCUUAUUUCAGGGGUAUAGCAUCGGAACGUUUCUGCGUACGUAAUUCAGGAUGCGUGGCCGUCGUGGAGGGUGUAGGAGACCACGGCUGCGAAUACAUGACGGGAGGAACCGUGCUGGUGCUGGGCCUCACUGGUCGGAACUUCGCUGCCGGGAUGAGCGGUGGUAUCGCGUAUGUCUAUGACAUUGACGGCUCCUUCAAGGGCAAAUGCAAUCCAGAAAUGGUUGAACUGCUGCCCUUGGAGAAACAGGAUGACCUAGAUGUAGUAAGGACAUUGCUGGAAGAGUUUGUUGAGUAUACUGGAUCGAUAAUUGCCAAAGAAUUCCUAGAAACUUGGCCGGAACCAGCGCACAAGUUUGUUAAAGUUUUCCCCUACGAAUACCAGAGGGCGCUCAAACAAAUCGCCCUGAAGCAGCCUUCGCCGCCCAAGGUCGAGGCAAAUGGGAAGCCGGAGGAAAACGGUCUCGUGGAUAUUGAAGAGGCUGUAAGAGAUAUCGAGAAGGACAAGAAGAAUUUGGAGAAGAUACUCGAUAAGACCAGAGGAUUCAUAAAAUACCCUCGCGAGACUUCGAUGUACCGUCCUGCAGAAAAGCGUUUACGCGAUUGGGAUGAGAUAUACAACUUUUCUCACGUGCGCCGCGGUCUUCGGGUACAGGCUGCCCGUUGUAUGGAGUGCGGGGUACCCUUCUGUCAGAGUCAGCACGGAUGCCCCCUGGGGAACAUUAUACCCAAGUGGAAUGAUUUGAUAUAUAGAGCGGAUUGGAAGCAGGCGCUGGCGCAUUUGCUACAGACUAAUAAUUUCCCAGAGUUCACGGGUCGCGUUUGCCCGGCGCCAUGUGAAGGCGCUUGUGUCCUGGGUAUAUCAGAACCACCUGUUACCAUCAAGAACAUCGAGUGCGCCAUCAUCGACCACGCCUUUGACAAUGGGUGGAUACAACCCGAGAUUCCAACGAAUCGUAAUGGCAAGACUGCGGCAGUUGUCGGUUCAGGACCGGCCGGGUUGGCGUGUGCGCAUCAACUUAAUAAGGCGGGGUACACUGUAAGCGUGUUUGAGCGUAACGAUCGUCCGGGUGGGUUACUCCAAUAUGGUAUCCCCAGUAUGAAACUCGGCAAAGAUGUGGUCGCGAGAAGAAUCAAACUGAUGGCUGCUGAAGGCAUCUCCUUCAAGUGCAAUGUGGAUGUUGGGAAGGACAUAUCCGCUGCUGAUCUCGCGAACGAGUACAACGCGGUAGUCCUAUGCAUGGGUGCGACCUGGCCCCGGGACCUGCCGCUCAAGGGCCGACAACUCAACGGUAUACAUUUCGCUAUGGAGUUCCUCGAGGGUUGGCAGAAGAAACAGGCUGGACCCACGCAGCAUCACGCCAAAAGCACGCAAUACAUCUCCGCCAAGGACAAGAAUGUUCUGGUUAUUGGUGGUGGUGAUACUGGAUGCGACUGUAUCGCCACAUCCCUCCGUCAAGGCGCCAAAUCAAUCACGACAUUUGAGAUUCUCCCAGAACCUAAGACUACUCGAGGACAAGAUAAUCCCUGGCCGCAAUGGCCUAGAGUUUUCAGGGUUGACUAUGGACACGAAGAGGUCAAAGUCAAGUUCGGAAACGACCCCAGAAAAUUCUCCACAUUGACGAAGGAGUUCCUUGAUGAUGGCGAAGGAAACGUUUGCGGAGUAUCAGCAGUUGAGGUGGAAUGGACCCGUGGGGCAGGAGGCAGAUGGGAUAUGAAAGAGGUCCCUGGGACCAACAAGGUGUACAAGGCAGAGCUAGUACUCCUUGCUAUGGGCUUCCUUGGGCCGGAGAGAUAUGUUGCGAACCAACUUGAAAUACCGGUGGACGCCCGUAGCAACGUUGAAACAGCUAAGGACAAUAUUUACAAAACGCCUGCCAGUAAUAUAUUCGCGGCUGGUGAUUGUCGUCGAGGGCAGUCGCUCGUUGUGUGGGCAAUUUCCGAGGGCAGACAGGCAGCCCGGGCAGUUGACGUAUUCCUUCAGGGGCAAUCUUACCUACCUGGACCUGGCGGAGUUGUUCAUGACCACUAAACCACUCCGUCAAAUCUUAUGUCGGAUACUUUGUCGAAAGCUUUUAAAUAGAUGUUUUAUGUGAUAAUCAAAUUUGAGAGCUGCUUGUAAUUUGAUAUAAAAAAAUUAUAGAAUACAUUAAUUAUAAAUUUAUAUUUUAAUGAUAGAUAGAUAGACGCAGAAAAAGUAUGUUGUUUUUUUUUUGUUUUUUUUUCUGUUAUCCAGAACUAAUUACGUUUCAGAAAUAGCUCCUAAAUUUGAUUAUUUAUUGGCAAAACUAACUCGAAUAGUUUUUCCAAUCUCAAAUUAGUUGAUACAUUCCGCUUUUAGUUAACGAAAAUUUUAAUUGUGAUCUCCAAACAAGCUUUUCGAACGUUAAAUAAUAAAUGCCCUUAAAUUGUUCAGCAGAACAGUAUUUGAAUUAGUCAGCAUUGAUAAACCUUAUUUACUCUAGAAAAUACAUAAAAAAUCUAUUAAGAUACAUAAACAAUAUACAAUAAUGAUAUUUUGUUGUCUCGCAAAAAAAAUAUAUGAAAUUCAAAUAUAUUUAUUAUUAAGUAAAUUAUGUUUUUUUUAAUGUUACCGAUGCGAUUGUAUGUCAAACAAUAUAAUGUUUUUUUUUAUUAAUAAGACACCAAAAUUUGGCUAACUGUGAAAUCGUAAUCUGUGAUUUACAGUAAUGAGAUUAGAGUUGUGUUGUGGAUGGAUUCCAAUUAUGACGUCAUAACAAAACCUUAAGUGACGUCACACUGAUUUAAAUAAGUGUCAAGAAAACGUAAUUAACGGAAAGCGUUCUUACGUAACGGGCGGUCACCAAUCUCGGAAUUACGUGAAUGUUGAAUUUAGAAAUGAAGCCGCGCUGAACUAAAACGCUCCAUUUUUGUUUGUCAGACUGCAAUUUUUUUUUUAAUUUCAAUUAAUUUUUGCAUUUUCAGCACAGCAUAUAAUAAUGCCAUAGCCAACUUCGUAAUGGUCAUAUACAUUUAUACAACGUAAAUGUUUUGUUUUGUGCAAUUUGAGAGAAUUUCAUGAUGUUGCGUUUUAGUCCAGAAUUUGUUUGGGUCGUAUGGUUUAUAUAAAGGUUAUAAUGUAGAUAAAAGUUUAAGUACAAACAAAUAGAGGAGUUGAGGCUCAUUUUUCAAUAAUAAAUAAAUUUCGUGACACCUUGGAUGAAAAAUGGUCUAGAGCAGUGUUUUCCAACAUUCCUACGCCCCACUGGAGGGGGGGGGCAUUGUCGAUUUUUUUAAAUUAUUGUUUGUAGUUUCAUUUUUUCUUUGUAUUUUUUGAAACAAUUAUCAAGUAAUUUCUUCCUAAAGAAUCACAUAAGUUUCUUAAUUA